GUUUACAUGUGUUUAAAUCGCCUGCAAUAAUGAGAGAUGUCGAUGCUUUCUCACUUGCUUCGCCAGCUUCAAUCUCUUCUGUGCUAGGUUUUGGGAUGGUUUGAUAUUUUUGUUUUCGUCCGACCGGAGUCCCUCAUUUCCUGUGAUUGUGUCUUUUCCCCUUCCGACAGAGUGCCAAUCACAAUCGCCUUGUUGUCUCAUCAUUCGCUGGUAUUGUGGUGGUCUCUCACUGUUGGGCGCCACGCCUGCUUCAUGAGAUCAUGGCAGAUAGCAGCGUCCAACCACCAGAAGAACUUGAUUACUUCAGCCUUCUUUUCCCCCUACCCUUUCGUGUUGCGAUUCUCCUUGUGGCAGGCUUCUGGGGAUGGGGAUUUAAUUUGCACUAUCUGUCUUUGGCCAAAAUUGAUGUUCCUGCUUUAAUUCGAUAUCCCUCUCGGCAGUCGCCUCACCAGAUAACGCAUCACCUUUCAACGUAUCGUUUAGCCACUUUUCUCUCGAUUCCUCUUGGGGCCUUUCUACUUUUAUUCUGGGUUGUGACACACGGGUCAACGGAAAAAGUACCCCUUUGGGAGUCGAUCCCACAAACUUACAUUCUCCUCCUGGUGAUAUUCUUGAUCCUUCCUUUCCAUCGCCUAUCACGAAACGGCCGACAUCGACUUUUUGCCUCUCUUCGGCGUAUUAGUAUUGGUGGGCUGGCGGAGGCUCAAGAUGGAAAAUUUGGAGACGUCCUCUUGGCCGAUGCGCUCACGAGCUAUUCGAAAGUUGUGGCCGAGAUCUACAUCAAUUACUGCAUGUUUCUCUCUUCCGGCGUCUCGAGUACGGGAAAACCUGACCGGAAGUGUGGGGGGCGAUUGGUCGUACCUAUACUUAUUGCGAUACCCUUUGCCAUACGUUUGAGGCAGUGUUUAAUAGAAUUUCUACGAGUGCGACGUGCGAGAAACCGGAACGAUGGCUGGGGUGGUCAGCAUCUGGCCAACGCCCUCAAAUAUUCCACCGCUUUUCCAGUGAUUAUAUUCGCCAACAUGGAGCGGAACUUCGACUCUGAAUCUUCGCAUGGAAUUAGUGAGGUUACUGUUUCACGAUUAUGGGCGCUCUUUUCCUUCAUAAAUUCCGCUUAUUCUUUCUAUUGGGACGUCACCAAAGAUUGGGACCUUACCCUAUUGACACCAGACAAUCGUCUUCGGCGGCAGGACUACCCAUUUGGACUACGUCGACAUCGGAUCUUCGCUUGGAAAGAGCUAUAUUAUGUCGCGGUCAUGAUCGACCUGGUUUUAAGAUUUAAUUGGCUAUCACGUCUGUCUCCUCACUUGGAUCAAGUCAACAACGUUGAAAGUGGUAUCUUUUUCCUCAUGUUCCUGGAAAUUGCGCGACGGUGGAUGUGGGUGUUCUUCCGUAUAGAAACCGAAUGGGUUCGAUCCAAUCGGGGCCCAGCACCGGACGACAUAUUGCUCGGUGAUUUCAAUGGGAAAUUUGACGACGAUUAAGUAAUAAAUAGUCGGGUACGGCUUAAUAAUGUAUUCAUUUCUAUAUUGCAUAAAUUUAUACUGCUUAUUUUAGAGUUGUUUGGUGUUGCUUUUUAAGAAUAUAGACGGGUUCAAACAAUGUACAUAAUUUUGGUUCUGAUAAUAUCCAACUUAA